GACCCACCAGGAAGCCCUGGCUGCGCAGCUCGCAGUGUGGAGGGAGUUUUCACACUGUCCCGGGUUGUCAGAGCGGUUGCCAUAGUUACUGGCGGGCUGUGCUGUGACAUGUCCGGCUACCAGCUGGAGGCCACUGAUGGCAGUGGAAGACACACUGUUCCUGCGGGGGAGACCGUCAUUGGAAGAGGACCCUUCCUGGGUGUUGCAGAUAAGAGAGUCUCCAGGAGCCAUGCUGUACUUGAGGUGGUGGAUGACAAGCUCCGCAUCAAAGGAAUGCACGUGAAUCCUUGCUUUUAUCAAGUCAGAGGCAAAAGCACAUUCGUACCUUUGGAAAUAAAUGAAUGGUGUUGGCUGCACUCUGGUGACUGCAUCUCUCUUCUGCCAGACAAAUACUCUUUUAGAGUCAUUGCAAAAGAUCCAUCAGAGGAGGCCACAUUAAGAAAUAGUCAAGGAGUUGAAGAAGAAACUGAAUCAAAUGACAACUCCACCUGUUCCCCAAUAACAUCUUCACCACGACAUGUGCCAUCAUCGCUAUCUGCAGCAAGCAACACGAGGACUGAUGGAAAGCUCCACAAUCAUCUGCCCUGUGCUGCAGAUGGAGAAUCGUCACAACCUGCACGGAGGAAACGUGUUCUUCCAAACUGGAUGUUGCAGGGAGAUCUUCCAGUUCAGGCUCUUCCUUCCCAUGUUAUUACAGCAGGGAAAAAGAAAAGGACUAUGACACAGAGGACUCAAACAACAUCUUCCUCUAAAUCAAAAGAAGAGUACGUACCUGAGAAGAAACAACCAGAGGUAAGGAAAAAGAAAAGGACUAUGACACAGAGGACUCAAACAACAUCUUCCUCUAAAUCAAAAGAAGAGUACGUACCUGAGAAGAAACAACCAGAGGUCUCAUUUCCAACUACCUCUGGUAGUUUACCAAGAGCAGCCACUCCAGUCAACUUACAGAAAAGUCUUGGGGUAGACAAUGAGGAAGACGAUAUGAAAGAGGAGCACUGUGACGACACUCCUAAACUCUCAACCCCACCACCCAGCAACAGUAGUUCACCUGGAAGUCCAUCUACUUCAAACAACAAGUCUUCAGUCGCUAAAGCAGAUAACAGUGACAACAUCAGUCUUAGUCCAACAUCAACGCAGAACUCCCAACAAGCCCCCAAAAAGCGAGUUCCCUGCAUAUAUGGAGAGCAGUGCUACAGAAAAAACCCAACUCACUUCCAGGAAUUCAGUCACCCGGGAGACGGUGAUUACCACGACGUGGAGAAUGGGAGUCAAGAUGACAAUGAUGACAGGCCGGAGUGUCCCUACGGAACAGAUUGUUACAGGAAAAAUCCACAACACAAGCUGGAAUACAAGCACACUAGACCGCCAGGGAGAAAACUAAGGAAAAGAAAUCCUAAAAAAGCCAAAAGAAGUCUUUUGGAUGGUGACAGUGAUGAUGAUGGAGAAUCAAAUGAUUAUGAUUUAGAAGACAGCUUCAUUGAUGAUGAUGAAGAUGAGGAUUUUGACAUCACAGAUGAAGAUUCAGACUGGAUGCCCGAUUCAGGGGAUAAAGAUAGUGAAGAUGUGAAGGAGCUGUUAACGGAAGCAAAAAAAUUUAUGAGAAGGAAACGCUAAUUCUGACUUUUACACGUGUAUCAUUCUACAAUGUAAUAAUAGACUGCUUUCUUUUAUUUUCAGUUUUUAAAAAAGGAGAUAUAUUUUAUGCUUACAUUCUAAAGAUUCUAAAUUUUAAAUAAAAGCUCUUACUUUUCAAGUACUAUAUAUUAU